AUGAAGGCGGGGACGACAAGAAAAAUAGAAAUACCCACAAGAGAAGUAGACCUCCCGACGAACUCCCCGCGGGUGUUUGGCCGCCCGGAGUCUGUAGCACUUGGAACGCUAUCGUGUUUUACGGCGAACUCUACUGCCACGAGGUGGAGCACUGCCCCCAAGCAUGCGGCGAAACAGACGGAACGCUGCAGAAACUCGGAUUACUGCACAAGCUUCCUACGACGAGCGACCGCCCACACUUUCAUCAAAGAAGCAGGGACCAAGAAGCAGGCAGUGGAAGCCGCGAGCAGGAGGUGGAAGAAAUUGAAAAUGGAAAAAAUCCUUCAGCUCGCCUGGAUGUGGCCGAGGCUGGUACUCCGGCAACGACGUUGGGAGAUUCUCAAGGCGCCGAGCCGCCCCUACCGGCCUCGACAAGUGCCACCGGGGACUCGGCUGCUACCGGGUUCAGUAGCAUGA